AUCAGCUGACUGCGACUGCAGACUCUCGUAUUUGUUUCCCGUGCGCUAGUUUCGUUACAGUGAAACUUUGAUCACGAUGUUUUAAUUAUAACCUGAGCCUUGGUUUCUAGUCCCACGUGGUACAUCUUGCAGAGAUGCUCUGGCAAACAUGCACUGUCUUCACGCUUCUCCUUCACAUUUGCAAAACUUCAAGCUCUGCGUACACGAUCACGGUUGACGUGGGGAGACGUCGCGGAGCUUUGAGGCACUUCUGGAGAAGCACGGGUUUCUGUCCCCCUCUGCCCCACACACAGGCCCACGAGUUUGACCUGAGCCUCGACCAGCAGCUGAACCUGGCCCUCGUGGGCUCGGUCCCUCAUGGAGGGAUCCAGCAGGUCAGGAUCCACUGGAUGCUGGAGCUGGUCAGUGCACAAGACGUUGGGGGGCGUCCUCAGUACAACUUCACUAAGCUAGACCAGCUGAUAGAACUCCUGCACAGUAACGGACUCCAACCAGGUUUUGAACUCAUGGGCAGCGUGUCCAACUACUUCACUGACUUUGAGGACAAAUCCCAAGUGAUCGAGUGGAGAAACCUAGUUUAUCUUACAGCCGUGAGGUAUAUUGAGAAAUACGGUCUGGGAAGUGUUUCUCAGUGGAACUUUGAGACAUGGAACGAGCCAAACAACCAUGACUUUGAUAAUGUGACCAUGUCAAUUCAAGGCUUCCUGAACUACUAUGAUGCCUGUUCAGAGGGUCUACGUGCUGCCAGCAGUCUCCUCAGGUUUGGGGGUCCGGGAGACUCGUGCCACUCCCCCCCACACUCCCCGUACUGCUGGGCCAUGCUGCAGCACUGCUACAACGGCACCAACUUCUUCACCGGAGAGACUGGCGUUCGGCUCGACUACAUCGCCCUGCACAAGAAGGGAGGCGGAUCCUCUUUGCCCAUUCUGCAGCAAGAGAUCCAGACCGUCCGGGAGAUCCAGGAGCGCUUCCCUGAGUUCAGCCGCCUGCCGGUUUACAAUGACGAGGCCGAUCCUCUGGUGGGCUGGUCCAAGCCGCAGGGGUGGAGGGCAGAUGUCACCUACGCUGCCAUGGUGGCAAAGGUGAUAGGCCAGCACCAGAAUCUACUGCUGACGGACCCGAACAGCACCAUCAACUACUCCCUGCUGAGCAACGACAACGCCUUCCUCAGCUACCACCCGCACCCCUUCACUCAGCGCACACUGACCGCGCGCUUCCAGAUCAACAAUACCCGCCCACCUCAUGUCCAGCUGAUCCGGAAGCCCGUCCUCACCAUCAUGGGCCUGCUGGCUUUGUUAGGAGAGGAGCAGGUCCCGGCGGAGGUUUUGAAGUCAGCGGGACCCAACGGCAGCACGGUGGGAGUUCUCGCCAGCAGCCGCCGACCUGAAAUACCGGGCAGCUCAGACAGCUGGCAGGCAGCGGUGCUGCUCUAUAACAGUGACGACAACAGAACCUCCAGCCUCACCGAUGAUGUCACCGUGGCUCUGAAGGGACUGCCUGCUUUAGGGGGUCUUGUGUAUGUCACAUAUUACAUGGACAACAAUGUGAGCAGCGCUUUCCAGCUGUGGCAGAGCAUGGGCAGCCCUGACUACCCCACAGCAGACCAGUUCAGACAGCUGAGGAGGGCUGAGGACCCUCGCGUUGAUGGACCCUGGGAGGUUCCUGCAGGCGACACGCUGACUCUAAAGGCCAAACUGCCCGUACCCUCUGUCCUGCUCAUCCACGUCUGUGCUCAACCCAAAGCCGUGCCAGACCAGGUCAGUGGGGUGCACUUUAUUGGAAUCACCAGAGGCCAGGUCCUGAUUGUCUGGUCUGAUCACUGUGUUGACUCCAGAUGCAUCAAAACAUUUAAAGUGGAAUUCUCUACGAAUGGCAAAACAUUCACCAGGAUUAAUACACAGACAAGCAUUUUUACGUCACAUGUCUACUCACCUGUGGACCAGAGAGUUAGUGGUCUCUACAGAGUUCAAGCUGUGGACUACUGGGGACGAACUGGGCCGUACUCACUGCCAGAGAGGUAUUCAGAAGAAGUCUGACAGCAACAAUUGAA